ACAGUGAGGCUACGAAGUAAAGAUGGGACAAACAAUUUCAAAAACGGAGGAUUAUGUUAUAUAUGUGAAGACUGGUGACAAAAAAGGAGCUGGUACUGAUGGAAAUAUAUUCGUGUCGUUAAUUGACGAAGCUGGUGCGAGGACACGGGAUUUGGAACUCGACACGUUGUGGAAGGAUGACUUUGAGGCAGGAAAUACUGAUAGUUUUCCAGUGAGUGAUUGCCCAGAUUUCAAACAUAUCGCAAAGUUGGAUAUUUGGAGGGAUAACACCAGAGCAAACGAUAAUUGGUAUGUCGAUAAAGUUGUUGUUGAACGGUCCACGGAUAAGGACCGGAGUUUAUUCCCAAUACAUCGUUGGAUUCCUUCCAACUCCCGAAUACAGCUACAGGAGUUUGACUGCGUUUUGCCGCAACACGAUAAC